CGUUGAUAGAGUACUUGAAUUCUCCCCGAUUUUUGAAAUGAGUCACCCAUCUGCAAUCAAUCCUUCGAUGAUAGUUCUCCUACCAGCGAACGAAUCACAAACCACUGACAGCCACGCAAGCACCUCCGGCUGUCCCGGUACUCGUGGCAAUGCCCCUAACCUCCCCACAGAGUCACAAACUAGUGUCGACCACGCAGAUCCCAGCUGUCCAGGUGCUGGUGCUUGUGGCAAUGCCCAUAGUCCCCCUGCAACGUCACCAACUACUGACGACGACCCGGAAACCAGCUGUCCUGGCACUCUCGGCAGAAUCCGCAAGUUUCUCGUGAAAAUCAUGCACAACAACAGUGCUAAAUUGGCAAUAUGUGCAACAGGGAUAUUCGUCUGUUACUUCUACUACGGAGUGAUCCAGCAGAAGAUAACCCAGGGGAUUUACGGUGAGGGGGAAAAUAAGGAGAACUUCACGUACAUGUUCGCCCUGGUCUCGUUACAAUGUGUCAUUAAUUACUCGUUUGCCAAGCUACUGUUGGUGACUGUCAUGAGAGAGGGUGAAGAUAGUACCAAGACUGUUUACUAUGCCACUUCAGCCCUCUGUUAUCUAUUGGCAAUGGUGUGCAGUAAUAUGGCACUGCAGUUUGUUAGUUAUCCGGCGCAGGUGGUGGGAAAGGCUGGGAAGCCCAUUCCUGUUAUGCUCCUGGGGGUUCUUCUUGGCCAUAAGUCAUACCCCCUCCGGAAAUACUUGUUCGUCUUCUUGAUCGUCCUGGGUGUUAUCCUGUUCAUGUACAAGGACGGAAAGUCUUCGGGGAAAUCAGAACGAAUCGGGUUCGGCGAGCUGCUCCUGUUUCUCUCAUUAGCUAUGGACGGAUUGAUAAGCGCUGUGCAGGAACGAAUGCGAGCAGAACACAAAACGAGAUCUGGGCACAUGAUGCUCAACAUGAACUUCUGGUCCAGCAUAUUUAGUGGAAUUGUUAUCAUAGUGUCUGGUGAACUGGUGGAAUUUGUAGCAUUUAUAGAGAGACAUCCGAGCUCUAUUAUUCAUAUUUUGACACUGGCUAUGGCCGGGGCCUUGGGGCAAUUUUUCAUAUUUUUGACUGUAGCUGAAUUCGGCCCUCUGCCCUGCUCAAUCAUAACGACUACUAGGAAAUUCUUCACCAUUUUAGGGUCUGUAUUAUUGUUCGGCAGUACUCUUCUACCCAGACAAUGGGUGGGCACAGUGAUCGUAUUCUCAGGAUUGUUCCUAGACGCUGUUUACAGUAAAGGCAAAAAUGUAAAAAAAGAAACAGAUAAAUAGGAAAAUUCAAUCAACAACUUCCAAUUCGUUAAUAUUUCACAUAAUUACAACAAUUGAGUUGUAUAUUGUCGCCAGAAUACUUGGCACAAAUUAAUUAUUCGUAUCAUUUGUAAAUUAUUAGUGUAAUUUUCAUUUUGCAUUGACAUUUUAAUACGAGUACAUUACAAAUGACUGUUAUCACUAAUUUUGGGAUUCCACCGACAAUGUCUUCGAGCUUCAUUCAUUUACAUUGAAAACCAGAAAAUAAAUGUGAAAAUGUAAAAAAGGAAUAAACAAGGUUGUAACGGACUUUUUGAGUUCCCAAAAUAGCUUGAAGAGGAAAGAUGGAGUAAAUUGAUCUUUUGAGGAAAUGAAUGGAUAAUUGUAAUCAA